AAAAAAAAAGUUGAUAUUUCUCUAACAACUUUUGACAAUGAAAAUCAAGAUGGGUCAUAAAAGUUUUAUUUUAUUCUAUCACCUUACAAUUAUCCAAUUAGUAUCAAUUUCAAGAUGGGCCAUAAUGUAAUACCACUACAUAUUAACUAAAUAUUCAAAUUGGUAUUUUCUUACCAAUUUAUAGUUAAUUAUUAAAUCAAUUCAAAUUCAAACCGUGUCAAAUUUUUCUUGUAGUAUAUUUCAACUUUUUUCUCAAAAUUUGAUCAUCUAAUAAUUUAGCAUAACAAAUAUGCAUUUGAUAGAGAGAGACAUGCAUGUAUUCAACCAUAUUAGCCAACUAAUGCAAUAAUAAUUUCAAAGCUAGUUAAUUUGUAACGUAACAUUUCAUGGAUGCGUAGUUGGUUGUUUUUUUAAUAUUUUCCCAUCUUUUUCUUUAGAGAAAUUGCUAACAGUCGAGCUGGCUGAUUAAACAAGGACUCCAAUGUGAAUGGCCAACUUAAUUAUAGGUAGUUGACUUGGUGUGAUAACAGUGGAGAUCAUUACCAUUUACUUAAAUAAAUAUUGACUUGAAACAAUGUAGGAAAUGGGUACUUAGUACAAAGAUUAAGCAAAAGAUUUUAUUGUAAUAAAUUAGGAUAAUGUAUGCGUUGAACCCAUGAAAUGUGGAUCUCCAACUUAUCAUUCCUUAAAAUUCCAUGCACAGAUAGUAAUUUCGAGUCAUGUGCAAGUUUACUUCUCAUGCAAAUCUUUAAUCUCUCUCUUCAUCUAUAAAUACCCAUUUCUUGAUUCUUUCUUCUUAUUCUCUCAACAUCACUCGCUAAUCUACGAAACCAACAUCUUGUUUGGUGCUCGAGAAAAUUAUGAAGCAAAAGAUAGUGAUCAAGGUGACAACUUGUUGCGAUAAAUGCCGAAGCAAGGCCUUGAAGACAGCUGCCAUUGCAGACGGUGUGAAUUCUGUGGCAUUGGAGGGAGAUGACAAAGAUAAGUUGGUGGUGAUCGGAGAAAGAGUAGACGCAGCGUGCUUGACCAGAGCACUUCGGAAGAAGAUAAACUACGCAGCCAUAGAAAGUGUAGAAGAAGUGAAGCCUGAGGAGAAGAAAGCUGAGGAGAAGAAGCAGGAAGGUGAUAAUAAAAAGAAAGAUGAAGAUAAGACGCCAACUCCACAUUACUGUCAACAACCUCCUCGUUGCGAAUUAGUCAGUGUGGUUUAUGAUACUAAUCCAGGAACUUGCACCAUCAUGUGACUGGAGUUCCUACCUGCCCUCUAUAUUACUUGUGGUCUAGGUUUUCUGGUAGAAGAUAAAUUUUAUUUUAUUAAUAAUUUUACAUGCAUUUAUGACUUUUAGUGAAAAAAUUAUUCUCUCCCAUAGGAACGGGCUUCUCAUUGAAUAUACACUCAUCA